UUUGGUGGCCCUGAAUAACCCCAACAACAAGAACAAGACUGUAGUCGUGGUAGAUAAAUUUUCUGUUAACUUAGUAUUGCAGCAGUCAAUACUUUACCCUGGAUAUAGGUACAGGAUGGAGUCCAUGCUUAAUAAACUGAGGUCCAGUGUGAGCAGUGCUGCUACAAGUGCAGUAUCUAAUGCCGUUCAAAUUGCCUCACAAGUUUCAAAUUACCUACCUGGGAACCCAGUAACAAGGGAAUUUGAGGCUACUGCACACACAGCAUCGGCUGGACCUGGCUUAGUUUGGAAAGUGUACAAAGGAUUUAAGAAGUCCACAAAACAGGAAGCAGCUAUAUUUGUGUUUGAGAAGCGUCUUCUAGAUAAAUGGGAUAAGCAAGAGAGAGAAACUAUGUUGGACAAAUUAAGGAAAGGUGUAUCACAGCUUACACGAUUAAGACAUCCACAGGUUCUCACAGUCCAGCAUCCUCUUGAAGAAUCAAGAGAAACUUUAGCAUUUGCAACUGAGCCAGUGUUUGCAUCAUUAGCAAAUGUUCUUGGAAAUAGUGACAAUAUGCCUAUACCCCCACCACUUAAGCUAAAAGAUUACAAACUUUAUGAUGUUGAAAUUAAGUAUGGUUUGAUGCAGGUUAGUGAAGGAUUGGCCUUUUUACAUAAUUCUGUGAAGAUUGUCCACUGUAAUGUCUGCCCUGAAAAUAUUGUGCUAAAUCAUCAAGGUGCAUGGAAGCUCUUCGGAUUUGACUUUAGUGUGGCUAAUCAAGCAUCUCCAGAUCAGCCUCCAUAUUGGCCAUUUGAAGAGUAUGAUUCAAGACGACACCCUAAUUGCCAGCCUCAUCUCAACUACUUGGCACCUGAGUAUGCACUCACUCACACAUUGGACACUGCUGCUGACCUUUUUUCACUGGGAGUCAUCAUUUAUGCACUCUUUAAUGAAGGAAGACCCAUCUUUCAUAACAAUCAAGAUUUUGGAACUUUUAAAAGAAACUGUUGUGAAUUGAAGAAUCCAAAUGCACUGAAGCUAACAUCCAUCCCAGAGGGUUUAAGGGAUCAAGUGCGACUGCUACUCCAUGCAACACCUCAGUUACGACCGGAUUCAUUACAGUUCUCCAAGAUAUCAUAUUUUGAAGAUGUUGGAGUUAAAACAUUAAGCUACCUUGACCAGAUGUUUCAGUGGGAUAAUAUCCAGAAAUCACAGUUUUAUAAAAGUUUACCUCAGAUUAUUCCUCAAAUACCACACAGGGUAUGCGUGUUGAGAAUUGUACCUUCCUUGAUGAAAGAGUGUAUCAAUGCAACUAUGGUACCUUUUGUUCUUCCUGUCAUCUUGUUGGUAGCUGAACGUGCAAGUAAGGAAGAGUUUGUGGAACACAUCCUCCCUCACCUUAAGCCAAUCAUGAAGCUUUCCGAGCCAGUACAGAUAAUGUUGCAGUUGAUGCAAAAGAUGGAGUUACUACUUGUAAAAACUCCAGGUGAUGAUGUGAGAAGUGAUGUCUUACCUCUGCUGUAUCGUGCCUUGGAAUGUGACACACAACAGAUUCAAGAGUUAUGCUUAAGUGUCAUACCAGCAUGUGCACAGCUAGUAGAAAACCAUGCCAUGAAAAAUGCUCUUCUUCCCAAAAUUAAAAAGCUUUGUCUGGGAACUGGAUAUCUCUCAAUCAGAGUCAACUGUCUAGUAUGUGUGGGCAAAAUACUGGAAUAUCUUGACAAGUGGUUGGUUAUGGAUGACAUUUUUCCAUUUCUGGAGCAGAUACCAUCACGGGAAUCUCCUGUAGUCAUGGCUAUUGUUGGUAUCUUCAAAGUUGCACUGAACCAUAAGAAAUUAGGCAUCACCAAGGAGAUCUUAGCAACGAAGUCUCUACCAUUCCUCUUUCCUCUCAGCAUCGAAAACUCUCUCACACCUUCUCAGCACUCAGCAAUUAUGGCACUCAUUAAGGAUAUGACAGAUAAAGUAGAAGCAGAGCACAGAACUAAACUGAUUCAGUUGCACUCAAUACAGGAAGAAAAGAACACACUUCAGAUGGCAAUGCCAACAAGUAUAUCAGUAAACAGUAGUACUAGCAGUGGAUCAGUGGUCUCAGCAGCUGAUGUGAACACAGGAAUGUUUUCUGGACUGGGACUGAACCAGUACAUGAAAAAAGAGUCAAUGAGCAGCCCAAAAUCACAGAAUUCGGUGCAGAAUACUUAUCCUAAUCCUGAUGUGCUUACCUUGGAGGACAAACAAAGGAUGGUUAAGGAGCAAGGAAUAUAUGAUAGAGAUCAACAGCAGCCUAUCUCUUUUCCAUCGCCUCCAGCUCCUUACAGUAGUAUUAAGAAAUUAAAUGAAAAUCAAGUGCCUCGAUGUCAGAUCUCAACUCCCUCAUCACAAGUAGCUGACAGCUUCACAUCAUCAUUAAUUGAUUCCAGUUUGAGUAUGAUGAUUAAUCAGUCCUCUCAACCAUCACUAGCUUCAAAAACUUUUCCACAAAGAAUGCCCUCCUCUUCAGGUAUUAUGAACAGCAUAAAUAACUGCAGCAUGAACUAUGGGGGAAGAUUAGGGGGUGUUACGACAUUGCCUGAAAGUGGAGUGAGUUCUUGGGCAAGUCAGGCUACAUCUCAGAGUGUAAGAAUGCAAAUGCCUAAUUUAUCUACAUUUGAUAAUUUGCUUUCCUCACAGUCAAAACCAGUUAGCAUGAACCAGAUAAUGAAUCCAAUAGGUAACACAAAUGUUGCAUCAUCUGUGAGUACCUUUAGUUCCAUGAUAUCUCCCAUGCAGCCCAUGAAUACUUCAUCUUUCUCAUCAGUUUUACCUACUGGGGUUAAACCUUUAAGUUCUUCAGAUAUCAAUGAACUGCUCAGCUGAAGCUUGAAAUAAAUCAUUAUUUUUACCACACUGUUUAUGUAAAUGGAUAUUAAAUAGAUUUUUUGCUUAGUAUUCUCUUCAUGUUCUACAAGUUUUUUAAGAUUGUGAAUAUAAAGACUUAUGUUUCACCUGCAAGUGAUUUUGAAGGUACUAUUACCAUCACAGCCCAGCCUGAGCCAAGCUUCUUUGUGAUUGUUUUAUUGAGCGAGCUGUUGUUACUAUUAACCUAUAUAAGUCUACGUACAGGUGUAUAUAGGCUUCGUAACUUGACUAAUCUUGUCAUGCUGACAAGGUAGUUGUUCGGUUUCCUCUUACAACCUUCUACUUUUGUUCUGAUAAUAUUUAUGAUACCUGUUGGUUUUAGGUUGAAGUGUUAUGAACCAUGAAUGUUAACACAGUGUUCUGUAACUAUGUCUUCUGUAUGUAUUAUUCCUUAUCUGAAUGAAAAGUGAUUAUAUACAUGUACUAUUAUAUAAUAAUUGUAAUUAUAUAAUAGUAAGAUAUUGUUAUAUAGGGUAAGAUAAAAACAACUGUACGGUGGUCCUUGAUUUAUGAUGGGGUUGAGCUACAAUAAUUUUCAGGUACACUUUACCCUCGUCAAGAAAUUUUGUUUUGAAUUAUGAAAAUUUUGAGAUAAAAUAUGUGUAUGAUGGUCGGCACGCAUGGGUGGGUGGGCCUCAACCAACCAACUAUGCAGUACUUAGCUUGCCUCUUGAGAAGCAUCUGAGCCAAUAGGAGUGUGUGGGGGUGGUUCAGCAGCUGGUCAGUGAUGGGAAUGAAUGUUUCUAGGGUAGUAUCUCAGCUAAUAACAGCAUUUGUACUACAGUUAAUUGUUUCCACUUCAGUUUCAAGCUACCACGUGUGUGGCCCCUGCACCAGCUCUGGAUUAUUUAAUCUUCAUAACUGUAUUUAUGAUUUAAUUACACCAUCUUUUGUAUUACCAAGUCACUGCAGUCUCUAAAGUGUGCAGAAAAUAGUCAAUUUCUCUGAAAGUUAAACAAGAAAUUGUUCAAAUACACGAUGAAGGAGUUAGAAUUAGUGCACCAGUGCAUGAGAUGGUACAGUAAGGCACAGUGGACCCUCGACCAACGAUGGCAUUGACUAACGAUAAAAUUGGUUAAUGAUGCGUUUUUGCGUAAAAAUAUUGGCUCGACCAACGAUGAAAAACUCGGGUAAGGACAUUCAUCCUGAAUGCGUCCGCCUGUCCAUCCAGCCUAAGCGCGCCUCAGCUGCCCUGCCUUCAGCUAGUGUGCCAUUGUUUACAAGCCAGUCUGGACGCUUCCACGUGCACCUGCGAUACAUUUUGUAUUAUUCCAUUGUUUUUAGUACUACUUGUCAUUGCAGUUUGGAGGGAUAUGUUGUGUAUCUUUAUAUGUGUAUGCUUCUAAACUGUUGUAGUCUGAGCACCUCUGCAAAAACAGUGAUAAUGUGUGAGUGUGGUGAAAGUGUUGAAUGAUGAUGAAAGUAUUUUCUUUUUGGGGAUUUUCUUUCUUUUUUGGGUCACCCUGCCUCGGUGGGAGACGGCCGACUUGUUGAGAAAAAAAAAAUUGCUAAAUAAGCCACCAUGGGCCCCAAGAAAGCUUCUAGUGCCAAUCCUGUGGUAAAAAGGGUGAGAAUUACUAUGGAAUUGAAGAAAGAGAUAAUCACAAAGCAUGAAAGUGGAGUGCAUGCCUCCGAGCUGGCCAGGUUGUAUAACAAACCCCAAUCAACCUUUGCUACUAUCUUGGCCAACAGAAAGGCAGUCAAGGAAGCUGUUGUUGCGAAAGGUGCAAGUAUGUUUUCAAAACAGAGAUUGCAAAUACUCGAAGAUGUAGAGAGACUGUUGUUGGUGUGGAUAAACAAAAAACAAUUAUCAGGAGAUAGUGUUUUUCAGUCAAUAAUAUGUGAAAAGGCAAGGCAAUUGCAUGCAGAUCUCAUUAAGAAAAUGCCUGGAACUAGUGGUGAUGUUAGUGAAUUUAAGGCCAGCAAAGGUAGGUUUGAGAGAUUUAAGAAUCAUGGUGGCAUACACAGUGUGAUAAGGCAUGGCGAGGCUGCCAGUUGUGACCAAAAAGCAGCUGAAAAAUAUGUGGAGGAAUUCAAGGAGUACAUAGACACUGAAAAAUUAAAACCCGAACAAGUGUUUAACCCUUUCAGGGUCCACUGGCCCUCUCCCAGUCUUGUUCUCAGGGUCCUCCAAAUUUCAAAAAAAAAAAAAAAAAAAAUUCUUAUGAAAAGAUAGAGAACUUUUUCCCCGAUCAUAAUGACACCAAAAGUAUGAAAUUUGAUGGAAAACUUACGGAAUUAUUCUCUCGCGAAGUUAGCGGUCUCGACGAUGUUUACGCAUCGGCGAUUUUGCCCACUUUGAGCCCUAUUUUUGGCCAAUUUCAGUAUACUAGUUGACAAAAAUCAUAACUAUUUCACUAGAACUCCAUUUUUACUAUCGAAUGAGUACAAGAAACCACCCAUUUACUGAUUUCAACUAUCCAAUACAAUGGUCAGAAUUUAGCAAUUUUGCCAAUUUCACACAAAUUUCAAAAGAUGCCAAUUUCCAAAUAGGGUCCAGAAUAAACAAGAAAGACAUUCCUGUCACUAAAAUAACAUUUCCUCUGUUCAUUAGUCACGUCCCAACACCUCUCUUACAUUCUUUUGCUUUCCACUUUGAAUUUUUAUUCUCACAAAAAUAAUAGGAGAUUUACUGUUAUGCAGACUACUGCAUUAGUGUAGAAAUGGUAUAAAUAAUAUCAGAGCACUUGUGAAAGAAUAUUAGACUUGCCAGUUGACAUGUAUUGGACACUUGGCAUGAUUUGUUUACUUUUGAACUUUGGUAAAAAUCGAGCAUUUCUGCUACUUUGAGCUCAAUUUCAAGGUACUUUUUAUUGUAAAACCAGUCAAAAUCAUCUCAAUUUCUGUAAUAUGUCUUUCAUUCUAUAAAAUGAGACCAGGAAAACUAGAAUACAACAAUAAAUACCAUAUGAAAAUACAGUGCAAAGUCGCUGUUUUCAUCCAAAAACACGGUCAAAGUUUUUUUUUUCUCAUUACACACUUUGUGCUGCAGGAUUUUUUUUAUACUGCGCACACUGACCACAUAGACCCAUUCUUUCAAAUGUAGGCCUACCAGCUUUCUCUCACUAGAUUUGAGGGCGCUAGAAUUUAUGCGUACUAGUACGUCAAGGACCCUGGCGCGUAAGCCAUACUAGUAUGGCCGAAACCCUGAAAGGGUUAAUUUUGACGAAACAGGCUUGUUUUGGAAAAAAAUGCCAAACAGGACCUACAUUACACAGGAGGAAAAAGCACUGCCAGGACACAAGCCUAUGAAAGGCUAAUUCUAAUGUUUUGUAGUAAUGCUAGUGGGGAUUGCAAAGUGAAGCCUCUACUCGUGUAUCACUCUGAAACUCCCAGAGUGUUCAAGAAAAACAGUGUCGUCAAGGCUUAUUUGUGUGUGAUGUGGAGGGCAAACAGUAAGGAAUGGGUCACUAGGGACAUUUUCUAUGAUUGGUUCUAUCAUGUGUUUGGCCCCACUGUGAAAAAUUACCUCCUGGAAAAUAAAUUGGACCUCAAGUGCCCCCUGGUAUUAGAUAAUGCUCCUGCUCAUCCUCCAGACUUGCCAGAGCAAAUUGUGGGGGAGUUAAGCUUCAUUAAAGUGAAGUUUUUGCCUCCUAAUACCACUCCUCUCCUCCAGCCCAUGGACCAGCAAGUCCUUUCAAAUUUAAAAAAAAACUGUACACCAAAGCAGUGUUUCAAAAGUGCUUUGAAGUGACCUCAGACACUGAAUUGACCAUAAGAGAGUUUUGGAAAGAUCACUUUAGUAUCCUCAGUUGCAUAAACCUUGUAGGUAAGGCUUGGGAGGGAGUGAAUUGCAGGACUUUGAACUCUGC